AUGAACGAGGGACUCGAGGACAACUUCACCCAUGCCUACGACAACCGGACCUUUUCCGACUCCUCCAUGGAGCAUCUGGCGCCGAGGAGCAACGUCACCUAUGUCGGGUUCUACCUGCAUCAGCCCUCCAUAGCGGCCAUCUUCGUGGUGUCCUACCUGCUGAUCUUCUUGGUGUGCAUGGUGGGGAACGGGGUGGUGUGCUUCAUCGUCCUGAGGAGCAAGACUAUGCGGACCGUCACCAACCUCUUCAUCCUCAACCUCGCCGUCAGCGACCUGCUGGUUGGAAUAUUCUGCAUGCCCACCACUCUCCUCGACAACAUAAUUACAGGGUGGCCGUUUGGAAGCCUGGUUUGCAAAAUGAGCGGCAUGGUCCAAGGCAUCUCCGUGUCGGCGUCUGUCUUCACUCUGGUCGCCAUCGCUGUGGACAGAUUCAGAUGCAUUGUGUACCCCUUCAAGCAAAAACUGACGAUAUCCACUGCCACCCUGAUAAUAGUUAUCAUUUGGGUCCUGGCUGUGUCUAUCAUGUGUCCCUCUGGGGUCAUGCUACAGGUGACCAAGGAGCAAACCAUCCACGUGUUACUGGGGUAUGACAACAAAACAAGCCCUUUCUAUUGGUGCAGGGAGAACUGGCCCAACCAGGAGAUGAGGAAGAUCUACACCACCGUCCUGUUUUCCAACAUCUACCUCGCUCCUCUCUCCCUCAUCGUCAUCAUGUACGCCCGGAUCGGCAUCACGCUCUUCAAAACGGCCGUCCCAACAGGGGGCAAGCCGGGGCAUGACAACCACCACACGGUGUCCAAGAAGAAGCAGCGGGUGAUAAAAAUGCUGCUUAUCGUGGCCUUGCUUUUCAUCCUGUCCUGGUUGCCACUGUGGACCUUGAUGAUGCUGAGCGACUAUGCCAGCCUCACCGAGCAGCAGUACCGCAUCAUCAACAUAUACAUUUACCCCUUCGCCCACUGGCUAGCGUUCUUCAACAGCAGCGUGAACCCUAUCAUCUACGGCUUCUUCAAUGAGAAUUUCCGCAAAGGAUUUCAAGCGGUGUUCAAGUUUGGCUUGUGCAAAUCCGACGGACAGCGGAGAAAGACCUACUCACACCGGCUGCAGGGGAACUCGGUGCUUCCGGCGAAUCCACAAACCUCCAUGGAGCCCAUUUCGCUGAACAGCUUGGAAAAUAAUACCUCACGGCGACUCAACCAUGUCAAUGAACAGGACUUGGUCAUGGAAGAUCUGGAAAAGGUAUCGCCAAGCAGCGGUGGGGUGACCGUCGUGUCUAUUUGA